AUGCGAGCACUUCACCUUGUCAGAGGGCUGUUCCUCGGCUCUCUGAUCGGCGAGAGUCUACCUGCUGUGUCUGCAGUAUGGAAUGGAACGUGCUCCGCAACGGCCGAAAGUGUCAGUGGUUGUUGCAGCAAAAGCGGCUAUUGCGGCUUUGGCCCUGAUUCCUGCGGAGAUGACGUGUGCGUCUCGACAUGCGAUGCAGUAGCCGAGUGUGGACCAUAUGCAAAAGUCGCAAACCCCACGUGCCCGCUCAACGUCUGUUGCUCGCAGUUCGAAUUCUGUGGUACCUCCACGGACUUCUGCGGCACAGGUAGUCAAAAUGGCUGUGAUGCGGUGGUUGAACCUUCCUGUAAUGGUGAUUCUAGCAACGCUAUUUAUGUGGGGUAUUACGAAAGUUGGAACUACGAGCAUGCAUGCGACGUUCUUCUCCCUGAGAAUAUCGAUGUCGACCCCUGGACUCAUAUCUACUACUCCUUUGCGGGCAUUGACGGCGGCUCGGAUACUAUUACCAGUACCCAUGACCGUGAUGAAGAGUUUUGGCCAAAGCUCACUGCGUUGAAGCAGAAAAGAUCAAGCCUCAAGACAUUCAUUUCAGUCGGCGGUUGGGACCUCGGAGGAGAGGUCUUUUCUAAUAUGAAAUAUGACUUGGAUGGUAUUGACAUCGACUGGGAGUAUCCAGCCGCCUCAGAUCGCGAAAUCGCAGAAGGUCUCGAAUUGCUUUGGAGAAACAGCAUUGACCCUAGUAAGGUUCUUCUGGGCCUAGGCUUUUAUGGGCGCUCCUUUACUCUGGCGGACGAAAGUUGUACUGUCCCAGGAUGCCCAUUCGACACUUCCGCCUACGGAAACGGAGGAGGAGCUCCCGGUCCCUGCACCGACACGGUUGGAAUUCUCACCGACUAUGAAAUCAACCAAGUCAUACAAGAUUAUUCGCCUAAUCUGGUCUACAACGAGGAAGCUGCGGUGAACUGGAUGACAUGGGAAGGCAACCAAUGGGUCUCUUUUGACAACUCGAAGACCCUAAAACAGAAAGCCGAUUUUGCGAAUGCGAGGUGCCUGGAUAGUCUUCUCUCCUGGGCGCUGGAUGAAGGCGGCCCAGGUACACUUGAGAAACCUGGUAGUAUGAACACCUCAUCAACCUCCCUUGAUGGGGCCAGCGUCGAUGGUGGCAGUGACGGUACAGGAAACUUCUAUGUCGGCCAAGAGAUCUAUGAUUCCGGUCAUAUUUUUGUGACGAGAAACGCACCAGCAAACCUAAUUAUCCCUCCAAGCACACUGGGAAUUCCUACUACUCUAUAUCCUGAACCAUUUGUCACCCCUAUUGCAGUGGCAUGGCCUACAACAGUUACAGUUACCGUUUCCGAUACAGUUACAGUGAUUCAGUCAGUGACUAGAACAGUUCAGACCACUACAAUUACACUUGAUCCAAUCAUCACAGGAUUCAUCCCCUGCAUCGGAAUUGGACCUGUGGUUAUCCACGAUGACCCCAACCCAAUGACCACAGGAACUGUUUCCCACACGGUAAUAGGGAAUUGCACGAUCUUUAUCCCUCCAUGGUCUUGGUCGACUACUCCACUCCCCACCACUAUCCCUACUGGACCUGGGGUUCAUUUUACGCGGGGUUCACCUCCAAGUUCAACUUGCAUAGCGGGGUGUGGUAGUCUGUGCACGAGUUAUUGCGACAAGCUAUGCAUGGAUGACUGUGACGAUCAGACGGGGGAUGGAGAUUCAAAUGGUCCUGAUUGCAAGGAUGGGGAGCGUACCGGUCCCCUCUGCAUUAGUCUCGGCUGUACAGGCAGCGAUUGCGAUGCAGAGAGCAGCGUAUGCCUUGGGGAUAACUGCGAGGAAACCGGCUGUCGGGGUGCAGGCUGCACAAAAGGCUAUUGCAAGUCCACCCUGUGUCAGACGCACGGCUGCUAUGGCGACGAUUGCAACGACAGUGGCCUAUGCCUUGGUCCUGACUGCAUUUCGAUUGGCUGCCUAGGACUUGAGUGCCUGGACGGCGAAUGUGGAGGCCCAAGGUGCCACAAGGCUGUAUGCUUUGGGCCGAACUGCUUGAAUGGUUCAUGGUUCUCUUCUAUUAAGGUUGCAGAAGCAUCAGAUACAACCACUUCAGUGGCUGCUAGCACCUCCACUGAUGCUAUCUCGACGACUAUAAAAGUUACUAUAUCAACUAAACCAGCAGCGAUCUCCCUGCAAGACACCUCGCCUUCCGAAUCUAGAUCAUUCAUACUCCGGACGAUCUCCGGAGUACAAGAUCUUCCCUCAUCUAAACCAGCUUCUGUAAGGUAG